GCGAGCACGUUGGCAGUCGCGCUCGAGACGAGCUCAGUGACGGUGUGCCCAUGGAACUCACGCGCUCCGCUGUUCUCCCGUCACUGCCGGGACUCGGAGCUGACAGCCGCGCGUCUCAGACGACGCUAGUAUUACCCCGAAUGGACCACCCAAUCACAAUCGUCGAGGGACUUUGCACGUUGUAACUGCCAGUUGUGAGACUGUUUCGCGAAAGUUUCAUGAAAGCCAUCUACGUUUGAAGACAUGCCCUGCCCGUUACGUCGGAGUUCUUCAUCCAGAAGGCGGAAGCUGUGAGGGCGCACGUUCUAUAGCAUCCAAGGCCAACUUUACGAAACCAAACUUUGCGGUGAUAAGAGCUUGGCUACGCUCUCGUUGUGUGACCCAGCAAUCGUGCGUGACUGACUGUGACAGCGGGCGAACCGCAACCGACUCGAUCGUGUCCGUCCCCGCAGGACUUUGCAUCAGAUUGUUCGGCGGAGCGUCAGUAACACUGGAUAUCGCUCAGAGCUUGUUUUCUCUGUUUUUAUAAAGAAGACUUCCGCAAGAACGCUCGUACUGAACUUUUUCUUCGAAGUGUUUUUUGCAAUGCUGUGAUAUGCGUUACAUGACUGAACUGUUCCCGGCACCGCACGAAAUAACGGCAGAUACAGAGCGAAGAAACCGUCACAUCCUGCAACAGUAAUUAGAGGUACACCCGAAAGCUGCAGGAGAAGCCGCAUAGUGCUUUCCAAGGCUGGUCCUUUGCGUUCCUGACCAGGAGAGGCCAUGGAGCUGCACGUUGACCCAGAUCCCCCGGCUGUGAUUCCGCACUUCGGUGCACUUGGCACCAACUUCACUGCCCAGAACCGAGCUCCAAGUUUCCCCAACUCCAUCCUCUUGGACGAGUCGUCCGGUACCUUGCACUUUGUGCCAUCCGCAGAAGCAGACGCCGCUGCGUCCGCUUCUGUGGGCGGCGUAGAAGGCGGCCCGACGACGGCGUCGUCCAGCUACAUCACUCUCGAAGUUCACUACACCCUGCUUCUUAUCAUCAUGGUAUCGAGUGUCGCCGUCAACGGUCUCGUCUUCGUCCUCUUCUACCAGCGCCCGUCGGUGCGCAUGACGUCCAACAAGUUUGUACUCAACAUGGCCAUCGUACAUCUGCUGCAGACCUUCAUCGUCCUGCCAUUCGUGUUCGUGUCCAUUAUGUUUCAAGAAUGGAUAUUCGGCGACGUAUGGUGCAAGAUACACGGCACCGUGACCGUGUGUUUAACAAUGGCCAACGUCUUUUCCAUACUACUCAUAGCCGUCGAUCGGAACUGCGCCGUCAACAGUCCACUGCACUACUCAAUGACCAUCACAAAGAAGCGCACGAGCGGGCUCAUAGUUUCGACGUGGGUCUUCGCGGUGCUCAUUUCGGUGCCACCGCUCGUAGGUGUCUCAGAUAUCGAGUACCAGGAAAGCUGGGCCAUGUGUACAGUCACCUGGUACGACACCAGUCUGCUUACCAUAUCUUACUCGUGCGUCCUGUGCGUCGUGGGCUUCCUGCUGCCUUUCGUCCGGAUCACCUGGAUCUACGCGUCCAUGUUUCGCGCGGCUCGACGCAACAGCGCUCGCGCCCGGCUUCACAACAUCAACACCAGCAGCAACGAGAUGAGCCCGCCCCCGUCGGCGGGGCUGGAAGCGGGAAGCAAUCCUCCUCUGUACGUGCACAGGCGGGCGGCUUGGUCCAAGAGAACGUCUUCGUUAAGCCAGGCGUCGUCGCUCUUUGGUGACGAGUGGAAGGCCGUGCGCACUGGCGUUCUGGUCGUGGUGUCUUUCACGGCGUGCUUCCUGCCGUUUUUCUCCAUGACCUUGGUGGAGCCGCACGCGAGAACACGCAAGACCGCCCUGAGGAAUCUGCCGGCCAUCUCGAUGUUGUUCCUCUUCUGUUCCUCGCUCAUCAAUCCGUACCUGUACGUUAUCAGGAACAAGGUGAUGCGAAAGCACGUCCGCAAAAUGUUCACCUGCCUGAAGCGCAAGCCAAGCUUCUUUUCUCCUCGAGGCUACCACUACAGCCACCAGAGCCCUCCGCAGGAGCGAAAGUGCUCCGAAGAAAUAAGAGUGCCUGGAAGCACAGCGUCUUUGCGUUCGGGUGGCAGCGUCGAUUACCAGAGGCCCUUGGUGACGCAUUCCCUCUACCAGAACAAAUCCGGUGACUGGAGGAUCGUUAGCGUGACAACAGACCCAAGACGACCCCCUUCUCGCCGGUCGUCCCUGAUCUCUCAACAGCCACUGUGCGUAGAAGACAUGGCACAACAGCAGCAGCAGCAGCUCCAGCAAGAGCAGUCAUACUAUCAACACAAAUGCGGGCCCGGUCUACGCGGCGCUGCCAUUAGGAACGGCUUCUACAGACGCGCUUCCCUCGAUAGCUCCAAGAUCCUGUGCGCUCGUUAUCCCAGCACGCUCGAGAGGGAUCCGGAAAGCGCAUCGGUGAAGUUAUCUAGCGGCUCUGGAGGCGAUCGGAGCAUGUCCUUCCGCAUUCGUGGCCGCUUCGCCAACCGCGAGGAGUCAACCGAAACUUGCGACACGUCCUGCAACAGUAGUUACAGUCAGGAGGAAUGGGGUCGACACUUCAUCGACUCUUCGCAGCACAGGAGGGCAAGCAACGCUAGGCGCGAGUCGCAAAGCAGCGUAUCUGCUAUAGUCGAAAAUGUCGAAGUAUACCCGACACCACCAGGUUCUGCCAGCAUCGCGCAGGUACACCAUGCUGCGUCGACAGCAGCUGGAUACCCUUGCCGACCGGUGUUGAAACGAGGCCGGUCAUUCGCCUUUGACGAACACGAAAUGAGCGUGGCCUUUCCUCCGCAAAGGAUUUCCCAGUCCGGCGGGCUCCGGAAGUCCCGCUUUGCCGUGGCGAGGAACUCUCCAAAGCAUGGCUCCAGCGACACUACCACUACAACACUGGAAUCGUUGACGUCGACGGAGUCGCAAGACCUUCCUAUCAUCGCGUCUCCACGCGCCAUGUCUCCCACGUUGGGCACGCCGUACCACUACCCACCUGCACCAUUCACGCACCCGCACCACCACUCAACACCCCAGGGAUAUGGUUCAGUGCCUCUUCCCUGCGGCAUUGCCCUUCAGCAACACCAGCAGCACACCCAGUUGCCGACCGAGUGUCAGGAUCGAAGGGACUCUGGCUUUGAGGACACUAUGUUGGGGAGGUGUGACAUAUGUGAGACAAUUGUGAGUGAAAGUGGCUCUAUCAAGGCGGUGAAGUUCAUUGAGCAUGCGUAGUUACGAUACCAAGCCGGCUUCCGUUGAGACGCUGGCUUAUGGACACUGGCCAGGGUAACGCAGCCAAGACAGGCCUCAACAUAUAGGUGGUCAACGAGAGAGCUUGCGCCUGGCCACCACUACAACGCGAGUUUCAUCAUCAUGUCGAUUAAUGGGUUUAUGUGCUGUGAAUGUCUAAAAAUAUUGAAGAGGAACCGAAUCCUUGUUCUAGUGCAGCAGUACCAGCAAAUCAGGUGUCAAAUGUUACAAGAAUUCUUAUGCAUUCAAGCCAAGGAGCUUUUCUUGUUGUAUAUUCUCAAUAUGUUUCACUAUCAACAGAGCAUGAUAUGUAAAAUUCCAAAAGGACGAUGAACAUGAGGUGCUCCUCCGCACCUAAUAGGUAUUGGUAGAGAUUCAGCUUCGGUAACAGCGCACAAAGAACGGACAAAAAAACAUAAAAAACAGCAGGACAAGCGCAUUACCUUCUAUCAUUCUUGUUCUUUGUGCGAUUUUACCAAAGAUGAACCAACUCGCCAGUUGACAUUUCUACUAGACGUUGGAUAACUUGCACCUGCUGUUUUGUGAGAUUUUAUGUGUAAGAUACAGCUGAGCUAUGGGCACCCAGACGUCGGAGCCGUUUAGUGCAUGCCCUACACAAAUUUCUCUUCAUAUGGCGCAAACAAUCGCCAUGCGAGUGUGGUGCGCUAGUUUAAUAUGUGACACCACCUUCGAAAAACAGACAUUGCAGUGGAUCACCUGUGUUGUGACUGUGUUGUGCGUGACUAGCACAUUGGGACUCAUCCAUCGUAGAGACCUGCAAGUUGUAAGAUUUGUGCGAAUGUGAGAUACUUCCUAUUACCUUAGCGGUCGGACAAAUAGUGCCGUGUAUUUCUUUUUAUUGCUGUAGUAUGGAUGCCAAGCAGGAAAUCAAUGAAAUAUUGCCUGGACUGUUACAAUCCCGUCAUGCAUUUGAAGAGAUGAUGUGCCUACAGCGCCACAAUGUAAAAUGCAGCGUUGAUAAUAUUUGUUCAUAUUUUGCGAAGCUGUGUUACAAAGUUUAUAAAUGUUGUUGCCAAUGCACACGACAUGGAAAUUGUUUACUGCAGUCACGAGCAUAAUGAGCCAUAAUUCACUUUUAGGAAGAGGUGACGUGAUAUUUUACCUCUAUGAAACUGCUGAUGUUGCAGUGUUUUUGCGUGCUAAACAAUAAAUCAUCAUCAACGAACUCUGUGUAAAAUCUAAGCAAUUUAUGCCAGAAUUGUAACUUCACUUCGCGAUUUAGUUUACCUGACAACAAUCAAAAGUUGUUUUUCUUAAAAUUUGAAAACUCUCAAUUACCGAAAUUGCAGAAGUGCAAACGAGCACCCAGUUAUAUCAAAUUGUUCGGUCUUGAUUAGCGAUCUUAAGUGCGUACUAUAAAUGUUACGAAAAAUCCCCCCCCCCCUUUCUUUAGGAGAACAAACGGCUCACAAAUCUUUUUCUACGCUACAGGUUGUGUCUAAAACCCC